AUGGCUGUCACAAACCUCUUUGUGUGGGUACUGCAAAUUCUCAUCCUGAAGGUGCCCGUGGUCACUGGUGAGCCAGAGGGAACCACACCUGACCGCAUGCAGCAGAGUUUGGGGCUGCUGAACCAGGAGCCGGUUUCGCUGCUGCAGGAGGUGGAGCACCUGGGCCAAGAGAAGAGCAAGGGGCAGAGUUACGUGGUCUGGAGAACCCUGCUCUUUGCCUUGCAGCAUUGGCAAUUGGGUUGGAUUGCUGGCGUCCUGCUCGUCCUGAGUGUUGGACUGUACUGGUGGCUCAGGAAAAGGAGCCAUGAGGAGGACAGCAGCGGUGAUGGGGAGAGCUCUAGCUCUGAGGAGGAAGAGCAGGAGGAGGCAGAGCAGGAGGAAGCAGAGGAGGAGGAGGCAGAGAGUGAAGGAGAGAAUGCUGAUGCUGAGAGAGAUGUGGGCAGUUAUUUUGCAAGGCGCAUCAGGUGGUCAGUGCGGAAACUGCACUACGAGAGCGAUUUGGUGUUCCUGCUGGUGGGUAGCCUCAUCCAUGCUUGUCGACAGCUCUUGUCAAGCAGUUUCCUCCCGGUGCUAGAAGCACCCGUCGGGGUGGGCAGUGCCUUUGAAUGCUGGAGUCCCCAUGAAGAUGACACUGUCUACCAUCUGCUUGUGCCCCUGAAGCCCCCCCGUGGGCACGCCUUCCACCUGGAGGUGGGCACUGUGGGCCAGAUGCUGGCGGACUCCUGCAUCCGUGUGGAACUGGUGUGCACAUGCAAGACUGAGGAGACAGUGGGGGACAUGCUGUGCUUCCUUCAUCACCCUGAGGAGGCGCUGAGGAAGAAUCAGAAGCCCAGCCUCCUACACACCCUCUGCACCGGCUCCUACCUAGAUGUGCAGCGGACUGCCCUAUGGUUUCAGGACUUUGUGACACCAGCCUGGGAGUUUGUGCCUCAGUCACAUCACUACAGGAUGAAGGUGCUGCCCUCCAGCCGCUCCUGCAAGCUGCAGCUGACACAUGUCUCUGGGAGAACCUUGCUUGUCGAGAUGAUGCUUGGCGUGCAGCAAGGCGACUCAGACAUCUUUGUGAGCAGCCAGGCUACAGAGGCUGUCUUCACCCCAAGCACAACAUGGUCACUGAGCUUCAGUGUGGCAGAGGCAAAGUUCUUCUGGUUGAUGGCCAGGGAGGUCCCACAUGACAGCUUCCACCUCAACUGCCUGCAACUCUGCGCCCGUAUGCUGACGGGCACAGGAUUUUCCAGCUAUGUCUUUAAGACAGUGGUGAUGCACCUCCUGACUACCAUGCCCCUGGCAGGCUGGUGUAGGACCGAUUUCCUUCUGCGGCUGGAAGACAUCAUGCGGUACCUUCGUUGCUGCCUGGAGGAGAAACGACUCAACCACUUCUUCUUUGGUAAUGAGACCUUUCCGGAAGAGAUCAUCUUGCCUGCAGCCUUGCAAAGAGCUGAGCCACUCAACCUCUUGCAGAACUUGGCACAGGAUCUGGCUGCUCAUGAGCAGGCAAUGAGUGAGUUCAGGGAGCUGCAGUUUCGGCUUAGAAGAGAGCUCUUCAACUGGCACUGAAAGUGGUUUUCAUGCAGAAAGCUGUAUUUGCAGAGUUCACAGCCGAGAACAGAUGACCACCUCAUACAGGAGGCAAAUAAAGGACAGAAUGUAGGACACUGCAAAGAAAAGAACAAUCCCAUGCAACUGAGCUCUGCCAAGAGCCUUUUUCUCUCGUUUUUUGGGGUAGCAACAAAGAUGACUUUCUCUUUGCUUUCUCCUCUCACUGGCUGCAGCCAGAAUGUCAUUUCACAUAGGCCCAGAUACUAUUGCUGGCAGCUCUGGCUGUAUAGGAACCAAGCAAGAGGCACCGUUGACCACUAUCCUCUGGAUGCAGCCAUCCAGCCAAUUCCUCAUCCACCGGACAGUCCACCCAUCACAUCUGUAUCUCUCCAAUUUAGAGAAGGAUUGUAUCAAAGGCUUUACAGAAGUCCACAUAGACAACAUCCGUAGGCCUUCCUUUGUCCACUGAUGUAGUAACUCCAUCAUAUAAGGACACUAGGUAGGUCAAGCAGGACUUGCCCUUGGUGAAACUGUGCUGGCUGUCUUGAAUCACCUCCCUGUCCUCCGUGUGUCUUAGCAUAGCUCCUAGAAGGAUCUGUUUCAUGCUCUUCGCAGGCACAGAGGUGAGACUGACAGGUUUGUAGUUCCCAGGAUCCUCCUUUCUACCUUUUUUAAAACUGGUUGUGAUAUUGGCCUUUUUCCAGUCACCAGGGACCUCACCUGACAGCGGUGACUUCUCAAAUAUCACGGAGAGUGGUUGACAACUACAUCAGCCAAUUCCCUCAGGACUCUGGGAUGGAUCUCAUCAGGUCCUAUAGACUUAUGUAUGUUCAGGUUCCUCAAAAGGUCACAAACCUGAUCUUCACUUACAGUGAAAGGGAUCUUGCUCUCCAAGUUCAUGCCUUGCAGUUCAUCCACUCUAAAGGUGUGGGGAGAGAGCCUGCCAUUGAAGACUGAGGCAAAAACAUUGUUGAAUACCUCAGCCUUCUCCUUGUCCAUUGUUACCAGUUCACCAGUCUUGCUCAUCGGGGGGGCACCCUUUCUUUGACCUUCCUGUGCUGGUUGACAUACCUGUAGAAGCCCUUAUUAUUAUUCUUUGCAUCCCUUGCCAAGUUAAACUCCAGCUGGGUCUUGGCCUUCCUCUGCACAAGCAGGCAGCAUCCCUAUACUCUUCCCAGAAUACCUGUCCCUUCUUCUGCUGCCUGUGAAUUUCCAUCUUGCCCUUUAGUUUGACCAGCAGGUCUUGACUCAGGCAUGCUGGCCUCUUGCCUUCCUUACUCCAUUUCUUACACCCAGGGAUUGUGAGCUCUUGUGCUUUAUGGAAAGCAUCCUUAAAGAUCUGCUAGCUCUGUUCUGCUCCCUUGUCCAUGGGGGCAGUUUC